AUGGAUUUGUUGGAUAACGUAUGGAUUAAAGUAGGAGACUUAGGGCGGGCAAGCGGGAAAGGGAAAAAUAGUAAUGGUAGGAUGACCGUUCCCACCAAAGAACAGAUCCUAGUACCAGAAACACUCCUAAAGAAGAGAAAAGCUCGCGCUGAAGACGAAGCGAAACGAAAGGAAGAACUUGCCAAAAAACGCAAGGAGGCUAAAAACAAAAGAAGGGUAAUUUUCAAGAGAGCGGAGAAAUAUGUCCGUGAAUAUCAUUCGACCGAGAGAGAGAAGAUUCGACUGAGAAGAUUAGCCAAAGCUGCAGGCAAUUUUUAUGUUCCUGCUGAACCAAAAUUGGCCUUUGUUAUUAGGAUUAAAGGUAUCAACAAAAUUCCGCCCAAACCACGAAAAAUCCUUCAAUUACUUCGUCUUCUUCAGAUCAACAAUGGCGUUUUUGUACGCUUGACAAGAGCCACCAAGCAGAUGCUGCAACUUGUCACACCCUACAUUGCAUAUGGUGAACCGAAUUUGAAGUCAGUCCGUGAACUGAUUUACAAAAGAGGAUAUGCCAAAGUGAAUAGACAGAGGAUUCCUAUAACAGAUAAUGCAAUCAUUGAACAGAGUUUGGGAAAAUUCGGUCUUAUCUGUGUUGAAGAUUUGAUCCACGAGAUUUAUACCGUUGGACCACAUUUCAAACAAGCAAAUAAUUUCCUCUGGCCCUUCAAGUUGUCAAACCCUAAUGGCGGAUGGUCAACUAGGAAAUUCCGACAUUUUGUUGAGGGUGGAGAUUUCGGUGAUCGUGAGGCGAAAAUUAAUGAAUUGAUUCGUAAAAUGAACUAA